AUGGCCGGCGGUUCGCAACCUCAUCGCAAGCGACCCCGGCAAGGCGUUCUCGUAGAUCCCCUUUCUCGUGAGAUUUAUCAGAUGAUGGUGCGCCAGCUUCACCACGACGGGUUUCUGGCCGCUGCUUCUGCCGUCUGUGACGCCACCGGGGUCGUGGUGGGUAACGUGGAGGACGAAGGCGACCGCCUCGCACGCGUCGUGGCGGCGGGACUAAGUGUCAAUGAAAUGGAGCGGCGUGCUGAGGAGGAGUUUCAUUUCACGCAGGUCGUGGAACGCUUUCUGAGCGCGUCGAAACUGUACAUGCCACUGUCGCUGUCCAGCCGCUGGUCGGUGGGACGUCGAUGCCUGCGCAUGCGAGAGCGCUUCAUGUCAGCUUCGCUCGGCGGCGUUGUGCGAGACAUCUCUUUCUCUCCAGAUGGUGCCUACGUUGCGUGCGCUGGCACCAACGGACUUGCAGCCAUCUUUUCACUGGAGACGAUUGAGGAUUUAAGCGCACUGGACGAGGCGCGCGCCGCGAACCGCGCGAGAGCGCUUGAUGGCAGCCGUGACGCUGGAAGCUUCGGCAAUGGUGAGGCGGCUCCUAAAGGGUCCGCGAUCCGCAAUGCCAACGAGGUAACGGAGCUUGCGAUGGUGCGCCGCUUUCACGAGCACACACAGUCAGUGGAGGUGAUGCGCUUCCACCCCACGAAACCAAUGGUGCUCUCUGGUGGACGCGAAGGCAUUCUUUACUUGCGCAACUACGCUUCUCCAGACUCGAAGGUGGUGCUGAAGAUUCACGACACCGUACCCAUUCGCGACGCUUCUUUUCACCCCUCUGGCGAGUACAUCGUUGUGGCAUCGAAUCACCAUCUGCCUCGGUUGAUCAACGUACGCACGGAGAAGGUGCUCACGCCGCCUGGCACCUACGCGUCCUCGACUGCCCACACAGGGCCACAAUGGGAGAGCGAGGAUAGCGGCACCACAGCUCCCUCGUACCGGCCUACCGACCGUGGUGCACAGCACAGCGCGGCGCUGUCGUCGGUAUCCUUUGCUCCUGACGGGCGAACGAUGAUGAGCACAAGCCUUGAUGGUACCUGGAUGCUUUACGACGGCGUGAGCGGGCGCGUCAUCUACCGUGCGGAGAACGCGCACUCCGGCGUGCCUGUCACAAGCGUCGUCUACAGCCGAACAGGCAACGUUGUGCUGACGGCGGGUAUGGACUCUACGGCGCGCCUGUGGGACCUUAGGCGGCUCCAUGCAACGUCGCGCAACUACCAAAGCCCAGAGGUAACUUCUUUCGGCGAGCCCACCAAGUGUGAAUGCCGCAGCAUACGGGCCGUGUUCUCCGCCAACGAAAGCCACGUGCAUUGCCACGACUCUACUCUUCUCGCUGUGCACAGCUACUGCGUGUACACUGGGGCGGUGGACUCCACGGUGACAACGCAGCCGAGCUUUAUGCAAAGGGGGCUUGCCGCCAGCCCGUGGGCCAACUGUAUUGUCACAGGAGGUGACGACAGUCGACUGCGUCUGUGGACCCCAGCGUGGCUUCCAUCGUGA